AUGACUACUGAAGACGGGCAGGGAGAUCCCCAGCUGGCCAGAGCUGUGCCAGAGGGACAGCAAACAGCCAUAUCCUGCCUGGAGCUCUGUCCCAGUACCAGUCACUGGUGUGGAGGUGCACACAGCAGACAGUCUGCAGUGCAAUGUCCUCACUGGGACAGAAUAUUGGUUGGAAUUAUCUGCUGUGCAGUCACUGCAACCCUUUGGGCACUGUGUAUUUGGCAGCUUGUCCUCAGGUUUAAAACCUACUCCACAGAAUCCGAGGUACCUCCGUGCUUCUGCUCUGUGUGCCUCAGUGGUGACAUCUGUCAUAACAGAGCCUGCGUGUGCCCAGAGGAGUGGGUGGGAUCUCUUUGUGAGAUAGUUAAUUUCUGUGAAGCCAGUAUUUACACAGUGCAUAUUUCUGAAAGCAUUACCAAAAACCUUUCUUGAAGGAUUAUAGUGAGUAAAUACGGCAACUCAGAAGGAAAAUGCAAACCUGACACUGUGAAUAGUAACACUUCGAUAGCAGUCCGGAUGUGCUCCAGACAAGGGAAAGCACCUACUUUAGAGCCCCCCAAAAUUCUGAAUUGCGAUGAAAAUCUGGACUCCCUAGUAUCACAGGGAGUUGAAACUGUGAACUCCAGCAACAUUGUAGCUAUUGCAAGUAACACUGAAAUCCUCACCUCCAUGCCAGACCAACUGACCACAGAACAUCUAUGCUGCUCCAAGCAUCACAGCGCAGAUUCUGAAAACACCCAAUGUGUCACAGCGCAGAUUCUGAAAACACCCAAUGUGUCAGAAGACUCUCAGGUAUCUGUGGCAGCAGUGGCUACAGUAAGUCAGCUCUUGGAUGCCAAUGAAACAGAAUUCAACCAAAAUAAUCUUGUCGAUGUUACAACAAGCCUCACAAAAACAGUGGAGGAAUUUUCUUUGAUUGCCAACAUCUCACUGACCAAUUUCUCAAUCCAGUCCGCUCCACUGAAAUUAAGCUCCUCUAUAAUUCUGCUUUCAGCACAGAGGGAUACAACACUGGGAUAUUAUCAGCCAACAAAACUAGAAAUACAGGAAAAUGUCCCUGGGCUUAUUGCUGACGUCAGCACUGAAGUUCAUAUACCGCUCAACAUUAUAGAUCACAGUUCAUCAGGUAAUGGAAGAGUUGGCUUUGUCCUGUAUCAAAAUGACAAAGUCUUCCAGUCAAGGAUUUAUCAGACUCACCGUAGUUUCUCUAGACAAAUUGUCUCUGGCAACAUUGAUGGUGGAAGAAACAGCAGCAUUGAAAUAGCCUUCAGUCCCAUGUACAACAUAUUUGAACUGCAGCUGUGUGAUCAUGCAUGUGUCUUUUGGGACUAUAUUGUCAAUGACUAGAGCACUGCUGGCUGUGCAAAAGGAAGAGACCAGUUCUUGAGAUGCAGGUGUAUUCACACUAUUAAUUUUGCUGUCCUGAUGGCCUUUCAGAUCAAACAUAAAUAUGCAAAGCCUUUGGAGAAUAUUUCUUACAUUGGUGUUGGAUUGUCCAUAGCUGAUGUGAUCAUUAUCAUUUUGUUUCAAAAAUUCACUAGGAAAACUCGAAAGUCAUCUGUGAUGUGGAUGUUAGUGAGUCUCUGUUCCUCUAUGCUAAUUUUUAACAUCAUCUUCAUCACUGACAUUGAAAGCCGAAAUGCCAGGAAUCACAGCGACAGUACUACCAGUCACUACCAGCAGUACCUUCCUUAUGAUACUAUCAGUAGCACCUUACUCACAUCUGACUUGGUAGAUCCUCCCACAGACUCCUGGUGUACAGCUGUGGCUCUCCAAGUGCACUGUUUCAUGUUGGUGACAUUUAUGUGGUCAGCACUCAGUUCUGCACAGCUGUACUUCCUGCUGCUUAGAGUCAUGAAGCCCCUGCCUGAACACUUCCUUAUAACCAUGUCAGUAAUCAGAUGGGUAAUCCCUGCUGUAAUAGUUGCAAUAACACUUGGAGCGACUUACAGAGAAGGAAAAGCUUUAAACUAGAGGAAGACAGAAAGUUGCUGGCUUGCAGCACUGUAUCAAAAUCAGAAUUUCAGUGUGAAAAAGCCCGUGUUGUGGUCGUUCGUCUUGCCAGUAGCACUCAUACUCCUGUUUAACAUCAUCACUUUUUCCACAAUCAGUGUCUCUGUGAUAUGGAAGUAGAACAAGAAUUUGACAAGGUAA